UGUCCAGUUCUAUGAGAUGGGAGUAGAUUAAUGGCUGUCCUGUUGUUGGAGUCCUUACAUUUUACAUCUCUUUAAAAAACGAAAACAGAUUUGUAGCUUGUCAGAUCACAUAAAGGCACACAGGCUUAUAACAGAGCUCAGAAAUCUCCAGUCCUUUCCAGAGCAGGCACAGAGACACGUGGUCUUCAGCAGAGCCUGUGGGGUACAGAUGAUUCAUAUAAGAAUAGAAGUUUCAGGGCUGGACCUGAGGAGACAGCCUGAGCCUGAGCCGGCCACCCUGAGCCUGAGUAAUCUAGCUGCCUUGUCAUCAUCGCAUCUGGCUGCCAUCCAACCCCAGGACACAGUAAUGAGAGACUGAGCUUCCUCUGGGAGGAAGGAAACAGUUAAAAUCUUGCAGCAGCUGCAGUCAUCUAGGCGUGGUCCUCCUGUCUGACUUGGGCUGUGCAGAUCCUGGGCCAAGGGACAGAAGAAAGACAGCCUAGAAGCAGAGCCUCCCAGAUGGCUGAGUUGGAUCUGAUGGCUCCAGGGCCACUGCCCAGGGCCACUGCUCAUCCCCCAGCCCCUCUCAGCCCAGACUCUGGGUCACCUAGCUCAGAUUCUGGGUCAGCCAGCCCAGCGGAAGAAGAGGACGUGGGCUUCUCGGAGAAGCUUGACAGGGAGCCAGAGGAACAAGACAGUGACUCUGCAGAACAGGACAUUGGCUCUGCAGAACAGGGGGAUCCUGCUGGUGAGGGGAAGGAAGAGGUCCUGUGUGACUUCUGCCUCGAUGACACCAGAAGAGUGAAGGCCGCGAAGUCCUGUCUAACCUGCAUGGUAAAUUACUGUGAUGAGCACUUGCAGCCGCAUCAGGUGAACAUCAAACUGCAAAGCCACCUGCUGACUGAGCCAGUGAAGGACCACAACUGGAGAUACUGCCUUGCCCACCACAGCCCACUGUCUGCCUUCUGCUGCCCUGAUCAGCAGUGCAUCUGCCAGGACUGUUGCCAGGAGCACAGUGGCCAUACCAUACUCUCCCUGGAUGCAGCCCGUAGGGACAAGGAGGUUGAACUCCAGCGCACUCAGUUAGACUUGGAGCGGAAACUCAAGUUGAAUGAAAAUGCCAUCUCCAGGCUCCAGGCCAACCAAAAGUCCGUUCUGGUGUCGGUGUCAGAGGUCAAAGCAGUGACUGAGAUGCAGUUUGGGGAACUCCUUGCUGCUGUGAGGAAGGCCCAGGCCAAUGUGAUGCUCUUUUUGGAGGAGAAGGAGCACGCUGCUCUGAGCCAGGCCAAUGGCAUCAAGACCCACCUGGAGUACAGGAGUGCCGAGAUGGAGAAAAGCAAGCAAGAGCUGGAGAGGAUCGCAGCCAUCAGCAACACUGUCCAGUUCCUGGAGGAAUACUGCAAGUUUAAGAAUACUGAAGACAUCACCUUCCCUAGUGUUUACAUAGGGCUGAAGGAUAAACUCUCGGGCAUCCGCAAAGUCAUCACGGACCCCACUGUACACUUAAUCCAGUUGUUGGAGGACUAUAAGGAAAAGCUCCAGGAGUUUGCCAAGGAAGAGGAGUAUGACAUCAGAACUCAAGCGUCUGCUGUUGUUCAGCGCAAAUACUGGACUUCAAAACCUGAGCCCCGCACCAGGGAACAGUUCCUCCAAUAUGCGCACGACAUCACGUUCGACCUGGACACGGCACACAGGUAUCUCCGGCUGCAGGAGGACAACCGCAAAGUCACCAACACCACACCCUGGGAGCACCCCUACCCGGACCUCCCCAGCAGGUUCCUGCACUGGAGGCAGGUGCUGUCCCAGCAGAGUCUGUACCUACACAGGUACUAUUUUGAGGUGGAGAUCUUUGGGGCAGGCACCUAUGUUGGCCUGACCUGCAAAGGCAUCGACAGGAAAGGGGAGGAGCGCAACAGUUGCAUUGCUGGGAACAACUUCUCCUGGAGCCUCCAAUGGAAUGGGAAGGAGUUCACGGCCUGGCACAGUGACAUGGAGACCCCGCUCAAAUCUGGCCCUUUCCGGAGGCUCGGGGUCUAUGUCGACUUCCCAGGAGGGAUCCUUUCCUUCUAUGGCGUAGAGUAUGAUGCCAUGACUCUGGUUCACAAGUUCGCCUGCAAGUUUUCAGAGCCAGUCUAUGCUGCCUUCUGGCUUUCCAAGAAGGAAAACACCAUCCGGAUUGUGGAUCUGGGAGAGGAACCCGAGAAGCCAGCACCGUCCUUGGUGGAGACUGCUUCCUAGCCUACAGGAACCAUAUGCCAGGCCUUUGCUAGCCAUGGUGAUGGCAUUUGCAUUUUAGGGUGAUUUGUGGGCAGAAAUAACUGCCAAUGGCAGCAGGCUUUUGAAAUCCUAUGCAUCUCUGAACGAGAAGAUUCUCCAGCUACUCUCUUUUGCUCCAUACGGUGCUGUUCCUUAUGUGUUUGUAGUAAUUCUUUUUUUUUUUCUUUUUAUUGAGAGAGUCUCUCACUGUUGCCUGUGCUGGAGUGCAGUGGCGUGAUCUUGGCUCACUGCAACCUCCACCUCCCAAGUUCAAGUGAUUCUUCUGUCUCAGCCUCCCGAGUAGCUGGGAUUACAGGCGCCUGCCACCAUGCCCAGCUAUUUUUUUGUAUUUUUAGUAGAGACAGGGUUUCACCAUGUUGGCCAGGCUGGUCUUGAACUCCUCACCUCGUGAUUCACCCUCCUCAGCCUCCCAAAGUGCUGGGAUUACAGGUGUGAGCCACGCCUGGCCUGUUUGUAGUAAUCUUAGGCACCAAGUCUCCCUCAUCUCCUAGUACCAUUCUCCUGUCUGCUCAGGUAAAUGUCACAUUGUGCCCAGAAUGGAUGACCAGGAAUCUUCAGAGUGGCUGAGAAGAUUGUAGAGUUAUCAUAAUAAAUUGCAAACUUGGGUAUUUCCUA